CUUCAAUUAAAGUUGGAGCACCGCGAUGUAUCAGGUUGUACCAGGGCAGUUUGAUGACGCGGACGAGACGGGGAGUGAGCCUGAAAUCAGUCACGUCCCUGACAAGCUCUCCCUGGAGAACCAACUGCAUGAAGUUACUUUACAAACCUUCAAAAAUGAUAAGCAAGGUGAAAACGAGGAGGACUAUGAUGAUGAUGAAGAUGAUGAAUGGGAUUGGAAUGAAUCAGGAGGAGGAGACUUCACAAAGCGCUACACUGCAAUGAGGGCUGGGAAUAAUCCACAGGCUAAUCGUCAAAGUUCUAAUAAAAAUUCCUUAAAAAUGUCCACUCCAUCAGACAAGGUCCUGAGGAAAUUUGAAAACAAAAUUAACCUGGAUAAACUGAGCUAUGCUGAUUCUGUGAUCAAUAAAGUCACUGUGAUGCAAAAGCAGAGGGAAGCAGACACGUUUCGAGUAAAGGACAAAUCAGACCGAGCUACUGUUGAACAGGUUUUGGACCCCCGUACACGUAUGAUUCUGUUUAAAAUGCUCAGCAGAGGCGUCUUUUCAGAGAUCAACGGCUGUAUCAGCACAGGCAAAGAGGCAACAUUGGAGAUGCUGUUGUUGUGGACAUCGUCAUCUAGAGACCAGAGCAAAUGCCGUCGUGGAACAGUACAAUAUCCAGAGAUGAGCAGAGAUGCUUUCGGCACUGGUAUGGUGGCAGUAGUAGCAUAUGAAGAUAACAAUAAAGAGGAUGAAGCAGCUUCAAGCUUUUUUGUUAGACUUCUUGUUCGGAUUGUGAAGUAUCAUAAUGGAGAAGCUUAUAUUAUUGACGUCUCUCAGUCCGUUGAGCACGAUCAUCCUCAUGCUUUAGAGUUUCUUCGCAAGGAUUGCAGCAAUGUCAAUGACUUUUUCCAGAAACAUAAUGUGGCAGUUAUGACUGUGCGUGAGCUGUUUGAGUUUAUCACAGACCCCUCAAUCACAAGUGACAACAUUAAUCAGUAUUUGGACAAGGCGAUGGAGAUAGCAUCUGAAAGAACUGCAGAGGAAAGAUCCAAUCAGGACAAAGUUGAUGAGGAGGUGUUUAAGAAAGCCUACAUUCCACGCACACUUACUGAAGUCACCCAUUAUGAGAGGGAUGUGGACGCAAUGUUGAAGAAAAAGGAGGAGGCUUCUUCUGAAGAUACAAACACAGACAAUAUCCUCUACCAGACAGUGACAGGCCUCAGGAAGGAUCUUUCUGCUGUGCAAACUGUACCCUCGAUACUGGAAGACUCCACAAAGGAUGAUAGUUCAAGCUCUGAGGGAGAGGAGGAGGAUGAAGACGAUGAUGAGAAGUCAGAAGGGGAAGACACAGGAGAGGGUGGCAGCCACACUGAGGAAGCACAACUGGACAGAAAAGAAAGAAAGAAAAUGGUUAAAGAAGCUCAGAGGGAGAAAAGAAAAAAUAAUGUGCCAAAGUAUGUGAAAAAGCGCAAGGAGAAAGUUGCCAAAAUGAAGAAAGGAAGAUGAAUAUGGUUGAGAUGAAGGUGAACUGAGAUUAUAGCAGAAAUGCUACUUGACUGAUGGUACCAGUAUUUAAGCUGGGAACUAUUGCUGAUGAAAUCAGUCCCGUAACAAUUAUAAACACCUGAUAUUAGCAUCAUAUUUUUUAAAUGUUUAUUAAAAGUAUUCUUUUUAAUAAACGUAUACUUUCUUUGAUAUACUGCUUGAAUGGUGGGUAAAAUAUGUUUUAAUGCAGACUGACAAUUCAAAUCAAUUUUUGUUAUAGUGAAACAUUUAAUUUAUAUUGUGCAGAACAGUUUACACAAAUAUUCAUGUUUUACAAGGCAACAUGCUGUUAAAAAUAAUGCACUCUUUCAUAUUUAAGUGACAAAAUCCUCUUUACAAUCCUCUAUACAUCUUGUACAUUUAACAUUUAUUUUAAAGUAAAUGUCAUAUUGGUACAAAACUGUUUAUUACAUGACAUACACUACCUUUCAAAAG